AUGAUAUUCUAAUAGUUAUUUAGUUAAUUCAGCUGUUGUAGUCAUUAAUAAAUUAAAAAUGGGAAAUUGCACACUAAAAUCAACAGAGUCAGAAGAUUAAACAGGUAUUAGUCUUAACUUAUUUUAGUCAUCUCUAUCUCUAAUUUCACACAGAAGAGUGUUAUAGGCAAGGGAGGCUUUGGAAAGGUAAGAUUAAAGAAAAUAAUAAAGGAAAUUAGGUCUGGAUGGUUGAGAACAAAAAGUCAAAAAGUUUAUAUGCUAUGAAAAUAAUGUCAAAAGCUAAGUAAUAAAUCUAUAUAAUUGAAAUAGGAUUAUUGCAAAGAAAAGUGUUUAAUCAGUAAUGAAUGAAUUAUAAUUACUUAGUUAAUUGAAACAUAAGUAAAUGCAAUCAAUUUAUAUAGUUUUAUUAUUAAUAUGUAAGCAGCAUUCUAGGAUCGAGACAAUCUCUAUUUAGUAAUGGAUUUAUUAACAGGUGGAGAUUUGAGAUAUCAUCUAUGUAAAUAAAGGAAAUUUACAGAAGAACAAACUAGUACAUUUAAAUAAAUAAAAUAGAAUUCUUUGUUGUUUGUAUUAUACUCUCAUUAGAAUAUUUACAUGUAAAUGGAGUUCUCCAUCGAGAUGUGAAACCUGAAAAUCUAGUCUUUGAUGAUAAAGGUUACUUAAAAUUGACAGAUAUGGGAAUUGCUCGUUAAUGGAAACCUGAAAAUGCAUAAGAUACUAGUGGUACACCUGGAUAUAUGGCUCCAGAAGUUAUGUGCAGUAAGAAUUACAAUUUUUUAAUCUAAUUAAAUAGGAUAAAAUCAUGGAGUAGGUGUUGAUUAUUAUGCACUUG